AUGGAAAGAAGGAAGAAAAGGGGAUGGAAGAUGGAAAGAGGAAUAAACGGGGAUGGAAGAUGGAAGGAAGGAAGAAAAGGGGAUGGAAGAUGGAAAGAAGGAAGAAAAGGGGAUGGAAGGAGGGAAGAAGAAGGGUUGGAAGAUGGAAGGAUGGAAGAUGGAAUGAAUGAAGAAAAGGAGAUAGAAGAUGGAAGGAGGGAAGAGAAGGGGAUAGAAAAUGGAAGGAAGGAAGGAAGGAAGAAAAGGGGAUUGAAGAUGAAAGGAUGGAAGAAAAGGGGAUGGAAGAUGGAAGGAAGGAAGAAAAGGGGAUGGAAUAUGGAAGGAAGGAAGAAAAAGGUGAUGGAAGAUGGAAGGAAGGAAAAGGGGAUGGAAGAUGGAAGGAAGGAAGAAAAGGGGAUGGAAGAUGGAAGGAUGGAAGAAAAGGGGAUAGAAGAUGGAAGGAGGGAAGAAAGGGGAUGGAAGAUGGAAGGAGGGAAGAAAAGGAGAUAG